AUGGCAAAAAAGAUUUUAUUGGUUCUCUAUGAUGGGAAGCAUCAUGCAAAGGAACAACCAUUAAUGCUUGGGUGCGUCGAAAACGAAUUGGGAAUUCGUAAAUUUGUGGAGGAGAACGGAUACGAGUUGGUGACUACUUCCGAUAAAGAAGGAACCGAGUCUGUUGUUGCAAAGAACUUACACGAUGUAGAGAUCAUCAUUUCUACUCCCUUCUUCCCUGUCUAUGUGACAAAAGAAAGAAUGGAACAGGCUCCAAACUUAAAGCUUUGUAUCACUGCUGGUGUUGGAUCUGAUCACAUUGACUUGAACGAGGCCAACAAGCGCAAGAUUGGAGUGUUAGAAGUGACAGGGUCCAACGUUGUCUCAGUAGCUGAAUGUGUUCUCGAAACCAUGUUGGUUUUAGUCCGGAACUUUGUCCCUGCCCAUGAGAUUGCUAUGAAAGGUGAAUGGGAUAUUGCACAAGCUGCUAAAAUGGAGUUCGAUUUGGAAGAUAAGGUCAUUGCGACUGUUGGAGCUGGUCGUAUUGGAUACAGAGUUUUGGAGAGAUUGGUUGCUUUCAACCCCAAAAAACUUUACUACUACGACUACCAAGAUCUUGCAAAGGAGCAAGUGGACAAUUUGAACAAAGUGUCUGAAAUACUUAACAAGAGAGGCGACAUUGUCGAGAGAGUCACAAGCUUGGAGGACAUGGUAAGUAAAUCAGACAUUGUGACCAUCAAUUGUCCGUUACAUGAAAGCACCAAGGGUUUGUUCAACAAGAAGUUGAUUUCUCAUAUGAAAGAUGGAUCUUAUUUGGUCAAUACCGCUAGAGGAGCCAUUGUAGUCGCUCAAGAUGUUUCUGAUGCCUUGGCCUCGGGUAAACUUGCAGGUUACGGUGGUGAUGUCUGGUUCCCUCAACCUCCACCAAGUGACCAUCCUUUUAUUACCAUGAGGAACAAGUUUGGAGGUGGUAAUGCCAUGACUCAGCAUAUCAGUGGUACUUCUUUGGAUGCCCAAAAGAGAUACUGUAACGGAGUUAAGAGUAUUUUGGAAUCGUAUUUCUCCGGGAAGAACGAUUACCGUCCUCAAGAUGUGAUUGUCAUUGAUGGGCACUAUGCUACAAGGGCCUAUGGUCAAAACAAGUAG